UCCCCGCCUUCCCUUUCUAACCCCCCCUCACACACUCUGUCUCCGUCCUCCGUGUGGCUUUAGCUAACGUGUUGUUCGUUUUUAGUGGCGAGGGCUGAGAGCGUACGUACAGUACCGCCUGUAGAACAUUCAGUACCCUCUCUCUGAGGAGGCGGCUUGAAUUCUCAGUAACACUGUCUCCGCCGCGUGAGCGGAGCGCUGAUCAUUCAUCGGCAAAGACUCGCAGAAGUGGAUCCGCGGAGAACAACCUACCUUAAGUGUCAGUGGGGAGAACACAGUAACCUGAGUGCGGUGGCCCAUGUAUAGCUGAGAUGACCACCGACAGGGAGCUGCUAGUGGAUGGACAGUCACCCACGGCUGUCUUUGCCUUGCAGGGCAUUGACAUCACACCCAGGAAAGACCAGGGUGUGUGCAAGGUGGUUACACGCCCUGGCAUAGAGGCAGAGAGGCCGAUGAUUGGGGACAAGGUAUUUGUCCAUUACACAGGUAAACUGCUCAAUGGGAAGAAGUUUGAUUCAAGUCAGGACCGAAAGGAGCCCUUCACCUUCAGGCUGGGCAAAGGUCAGGUAAUCAAGGCGUGGGAUAUAGGAGUGUCCACCAUGCGCAAAGGAGAGGUGUGCCUGUUCCUCUGCAAACCAGAAUACGCCUAUGGACCGGCAGGGAGCCCCCCGAAGAUCCCCCCCAACUCCACACUACUGUUCGAGGUGGAGUUGCUCAAUUUCAAAGGUGAGGAACUGACGGAAGAUGGCGGAAUCUUGAGGAGGAUCAAAACGAAGGGCGAAGGCUUCAGUAACCCCAACGAGGGGGCCACUGUCUACGUGCACUUACAGGGCAGCUGUGCCGGUCGGGUGUUUGAUUCGCGGGACGUGCGCUUUGUGGUGGGUGAGUCGGAGGAUGUGGGCAUCCCGCUGGGAGUGGACCGGGCCAUGGAGAAGAUGCAGAAAGGAGAGUGCUGCCUGCUCUACCUUAAACCCAAGUAUGGUUUUGGGAGAGAAGGUAAAUCAGAGUUUAAUAUUGGGCCAAACGCAGAACUUGUGUAUGAAGUGACACUCAAGGAUUUUGAGAAGGCCAAGGAAUCCUGGGAAAUGGACCUGAAGGAGAAACUGGAAAUGGCAGUUAAGGUCAAACAGAAGGGAACCCAGUAUUUCAAGGUGGGCCGCUUCUGCCAGGCUAUGAUCCAGUACCAGCGCAUCGUGUCCUGGCUGGAGAUGGAGUGUGGGGUAGGGGUAGAGCAGCAGCAGGGAGUCCACGCCUUCCUCCUGGUGGCUCAGCUGAACCUCGCACUCUGCCACCUGCGAUUGGGAGAGUACUCACAGGCAGUGGAGAGCUGCAACAAGGUGAUCGAGCUGGAUGGGGAGAAUGAGAAGGCCCUGUACCGGCGGGGUGAGGCCCGGCUCCUGCGGAACGAGUUCAGCCUGGCCAUGGACGACUUCCGGCACGUGCUGCAGGUGAACCCCUCCAACCGUGCGGCUCGCUCCCAGAUCUCCGUCUGUCAGCGCAAGAUCCGAGAGCACCAUGAACGCGACAAGAAGAUCUACGCAAACAUGUUCCAGAAAUUCGCAGAGCAUGAUGCCAAGGUGGGAAGGUUGAAGAGGCGGAAGGAGGAGGGUGGGUCCAAUGAGAACAGCGAACUGGGAGCUAAGCGGCGCCACAAGAGCCACGAGUGUCCUUGAGCCUGCGGAAG